UACGAGUAUGGUUGUGGUGGAUGUUGAUCCAAAAAAUGCUGUAGAGUACUCUUGAAAAUACAACAUCAGUGUUUAAAUUAGUUCCACGCCACAUAUUCCUCGAAACAUGGUUCAUGCGUGACGACCUUUCACCAAAAUCACCAUGACCCAGUCCCACUACUCGUUGCGAUGGAACAACCAUCAGUCUCACAUCCUAGCCGCCUUCGAAGCCCUCCUCCAAGCCGAAACCCUGGUCGAUGUGACGCUGGUCUGUGCGGAAACUUCGGUACGCGCCCACAAAGUAGUUCUGAGCGCCUGCUCGCCAUUCUUCCAGCGAGUGUUCUCCGAAAACCCCUACAAGCACCCCGUCAUCGUGCUCAAAGACUUCUGCGGCUAAGUACAGGCCAUCGUCGAUUUCAUGUACAAAGGCGAGAUCAGCGUGGUGCAGGACCAGUUGCAGAACUUGAUCAAAGCGGCGGAGAGUCUGCAGAUACGAGGCCUGGCUAAUCAGGAUCCGUUUGGUGUGGAUAAAGAGUCGAUAAGUACGGUGAAUCAUACGCUGACACUGAAUUCGCCGAAUGAUUACGACAGGCAGUUUUACACUAACGGAAAUAAGUUUCCGGAUGUGAGUGCGAGGAAUCCGGUGGAGAGAACGUCGCCGUUUUCGCCUAUAGGGAACAAUUACGAUGCGCCAGUUAAGCUACCUCAUAUGCCCAGGCUCUCGUUUCCUGAUGCGCUGAUUCCACGGUCCGAGUGUCAGUCUCCCAUCCAAAGAAGAAAACAAUUAAAGCCUAGAAGACGUUCUGGAGAAAUGUGCGGACCUCAAGAUCUAACCACCGGAACUAUUAAAAUCCGGAUCACCCUGUCCAGAGGAAACGGCCGAGAACCUUUUACGCCGGAACCGAGUCUGCGCAGUCCGGAAUUGGAUUUAAGUACCCAGGGAAAUGGUAAGGAGUUUAGAUCAUCGCCUAUAUCGUCGGCACCCCAGUCUGUGAUGAAUUUGAAGCAGGAAAUCGAGAACCAAUCACCGUUAGGUUUUCCACCGAUGCCAACGGUUUCGGCUUUAGCGAUGACAAAUCCACAUACUAAAUGUAAACUCGAUUCACAUCUAGGCCUAUUCCCUCCUGGACUAGACGGUUGCAGAAACCCACUUUUCGACAUGGGCGAUCCGAGAAGCGUCGUGGACACUCCCAUGUUUGCCAAAAAGAAACUGGGGAGACCAAAAGGGCAACAUUCGGCACCGAGAGGAGGCCCGCCCAGAUCCUGGACCAACGCGGAACUAACCGAGGCCCUGCAGCACGUCUGGAACAAGAAGAUGACGACCAGCCAAGCCUCGAGAAUAUUCGGUAUACCGUACAACUCGCUCCUGAUGUACGUUCGAGGGAAGUACGGCAAAAGUCUUAAAUUGGAACAGUUGAGGAAGGAUUGUAUAGGAGGACCCAACCCUCCUAUGGACAUGUUGAGCUCGUUGGGAGCGAAUAAUAAUAAUCUGGCGAAAAUCGACAGGGAACCGGAACAGAUGCAGCCCAACGCGAGACCGUCGAGUACGGAUCAGGAUCAACAACCACCACAACCAUCUAUGUUCUCCCCCUUCGCCCACAACUUCUACCCCGAUUUCGGCACGGGCUUCCCCAUCCCCGUCAGCAUGAUCCACCUGCUGCCCCAGAGCGAGAAGAACCGCACCGAACAACAGAACGCUGCCUACGGGCAGACAGCGCCGCACGACGACGACCAGCCGAAGCAGCAGGCCAAAGACGUGGAGCAGGACGAGCAGGAAUUGUACAGGCCGCAGCCGAUGGCCGUCGACAGCAGGGAACUGGUGCAGCAGAACGGGCAGGAUUGAAACAGGUGGCGCUAGUGGUUAGCUAGCGCGCUGCUUCUUCGUUAAGCGGGUAGAGGGAGUUACUUGCGUGUUUUGCGUUCGUUUUUUGCGUUUCGGAUGGGUUUGUGUAGGUUCGGAGAGGAGAGUUAUGCAGGUAUCUGUUUUAUUUAUUGAUUUUAUUGAUUUGAAGUAAAGAAUUUAUUGAAAAUAGUUAUUUAAACAAAGUAAUGUUAUCAUAGCGAAUUACAUUUUUUUAAUUAAA